AUGAAUUGGAUGACUACAGCACGUGCCCUGUCGUACCUGGCAGGUUUUGUCUUCACUCUCUUCGUGCCGCCCAUCUCUGUCAGGUGUCAUGACAACAAUGUGGUCCCUUUCUCCGACAUGAACAAGACUCUUCGUGAUCACAUCCGCAAGCAGAGGUUUCUCAAGCAUGUGCUCCAUCAGCUGCGAGGCUCUGAGACUCCGCUCAAAAACUCCACGUCUUCAGCAGGUCCUUCUCAGAGAGCUGCUUUCUCAUGGCUGGUCCCGGACACGGACUACGGCUCAAACACGCCAUCCUCUCAACAUUCACACAACAGCACCAACAUGGUCAACAGACCAGUGCCAGACAAAGGCCUGACCUCGCUGGCCAGUUUGUCCCCUCCAAACCUGGUUUUCUCGGAAC